UUGCGUCAAUCUUUUUCCUUUGUUUGUAGAACUCAUCAUCACGAAUCAUCAUCACCCAAAGAAGAUAGAACCUAGAAUAUAAAUACUAAGAAUCAUCUGAUCAUCUCUCAUAACUCCAAACCCUCUCUCUCUCUCUCUCUCUCUCUCUCUCUCUCUCUCUCUCUGAGGCAGAGUUUGUACUUUUAAGUAAUCUGCUCUCUUGCUAGUAUAACUGUUCAAUUUUAUCUCUAAAUUGUUUUCUGAAGUGGGAUCAAGAGGAAAAACGGGGGAGAAUGUGGGGAUUUGGGGGCAGAUUCUACUGGGGGGAGAGAAAAGAAGAAGAAAGAAGAAGAGGACCAAACAAAGGAAUAGUGGUUGUAUUCGCUUGGAUGUCAAGUCAAGAUAAGCAUUUGAAGAACUAUGUUGACCUUUACUCCUCUCUCGGUUGGGAUUCCCUUGUCUGCCAUUCGCAAUUUCUUAAUCUGUUCUUCCCUGAUAAAGCUGCAACUUUGGCAGUGGACCUUCUAAAUGAGCUUGUUAAGGAGCUAAAGAAAAGGCCAUGCCCAGUUGUCUUUGCUUCAUUCUCUGGUGGCCCCAAAGCUUGCAUGUAUAAAGUUUUGCAGAUAAUCGACUCAAACUCAAAGUGUGAACCUCAUAGAAAUCUGGAUGAAUAUCAACUUGUGAGAGAUUGUCUUUCUGGACACAUAUUUGAUUCUUGUCCAGUUGAUUUCACAAGUGAUUUGGGCACCCGAUUUGUUCUUCACCCAAGCAUUCUCAAACUCUCUCAUCCUCCCAUAAUAGCAACAUGGAUUGCAAAUGGUAUCUCAUCUACUCUUGAUGCCUUCUUUCUUAACAAAUGGGAGUCACAACGUGCAGAAUAUUGGCAGACUUUAUACUCAACUAUAGGAAACGGAGCACCAUAUCUAAUACUUUGCUCAGAAAACGACGAUCUCGCCCCCUACCAAAUCAUCUAUAAUUUUUCUCAAAGAUUACAAAGUCUCGGCGGCGAUGUCAAAUUCGUAAAAUGGAGUAGCUCCCCUCAUGUAGGUCACUAUCGAUACCAUCCGGAUGAGUACAAGGAGGGUGUGACCGAGCUCCUGACAAAAGCCGUAGCCGUAUACUCGCGAAGAACCGAACGGGUCGGUGGGGCCCACGACAGUACGACCUCGGAACCGUUGCACCGUUUAAGGGAAGCGGUUUCGAGCUCGAACCAAUACCAGAACCUCCAUCGAGUCACACUUGAUUUGAAUGACCACUUUGUUGUGCCAGGUGGCUCGGUUGAGUACCAUGAAGGUAGAGAUGUGGGGUCCGUUCAUGAUGAACCGAAAGAACGGUUUAUCCCACGGUCGGCCCCACCAAUGAUUAAUGCUCAUGGGAUUCUUGGUCAAAUCUUGUUUGAUGUUUGUGUUCCUAAGAAUGUGGAGGAUUGGGAUUUGAAGUUGUCAUCAUCUUCAUCUUCAUUUGCUACAUUUGGUUCGGGUAGGAGACAUUCACACUUUAAUCCUAUGAAAUGCAUCCGAAGAUCGAGACUGUAGACGUGUUUGGCGGGUUUGAAUAAUAAGGUUUUUAACAUGAAAUGUAUAUAAUAGAUAUAAGGUGCAUGUUGUGGAGUUUUGUAGACUGACUAUUUACAAUAAAGAAGUAAGUUUUGAUGACUA